AUGGCAUCCCUUAAUGUCGUGUCAUUGAGGAAUGGGAGACAAUUAGAAGAAGUUCAGUCUAAAAAGAUGAGACAUGUGACUUUUAAUGAGAGGCCAACCGCUAUAGAAUCAACAUCAGAAAAAUCUAAGGAGUCAGAGAAGCCAGCUAGAGAGGCGGAGCAAAUUAAUAUUCCAUUUGUUGACAUCUUACAAGAAGUACCCAAAUAUGCAAAGUACAUCAAGGACACAAUGGCGAAUAAAAGGAGGCUGACCGAGUUCAAAAUUGUGGCACUCACUGAGGAGUGCAGUUCAAGAAUUCAAGGCAAGUUACCUCAGAAAUUGAAGGAUCUAGGUAGUUUCACUAUUCAAAUAUCGAUUGGUAAACAUGUUGUUGGGCGAGCUUUAUGUGAUCUUGGAGCGAGCAUCAAUUUGAUGCCACUAUUUGUGUUCAGACAGUUGGGGUUGGGUGAGCCACGCCCAACAACAGUUAUCUUACAAUUGGUUGAUCGCUCUCUUUCUCAUCCUGAAGGAGUGAUUGAAGAUGUGUUAGUUCAAGUGGGUUCUUUCAUUUUCCCAGCUGAUUUCAUUAUCUUGGACUACGAGCCUGAUCAGGAAGCCCCAUCCAUUCUUAGCCACGGGCCGAGCUAUUAUUGA